CUCGGGAUGUUGGUGUUUUUAUGCAGUGUGUGAUCGGAGCCCUCAGUUGACACAGGCUUUGUAAUUAAGUGCCAUCAGUAAUUUAAAAAAAGAUAUUUUUUAUUUUUAUUUUCUCGUGAAGUGGCCACGAUGAUUGCUGCAAUAGUUCUCACAGCUGUUAUAGCUUUCUUAAUUGUUCAUACUUAUAAGAAUGCGUACCAAAGGCCGCCCAAUUUUCCUCCAGGUCCCCCAAGUUUGCCAAUAUACGGAGCUUUCUGGAUCGUCCUAGCUCACGACUACAAUGACUUAGCAUCAGCGUUCCGUAAGCUUGGAGAGAAAUACAAGACGAAGAUAUUAGGCCUGUUCAUGGGACCAGUUCCUACGAUAGUGCUGAACGAUCCUCACCUGAUCAAGGAAAUGCUGAACCGUGAGGAGUUUGACGGCAGAAUGGACAUUAUUCUGUUCAGAUUGAGAUCUUUUUGGAAGAAACUUGGCAUAUUCUUCACUGAUGGCUACUUCUGGCACGUGCAGCGAAGAUUCUCUCUGCGCUACCUCAGAGACUACGGCUUCGGCAGACGAGACGAUACCCUGGAGUCAGUUGUGGCCGGAGAAGUUAAGGAAAUGCUGGACCUGAGACUUAGUGGACCUAAAUACCCUGCUGAACAUGAAAUCGUCAAGGGUGACUUAGUGCAAAUGCCAUACUUCUUCUCCGUUCCCUUCAUCAAUGGAAUGGUCCAAGUCUUAUCUAGAAGCACCCUGCCAAGGUCGGAGUACCAUGCCCUUUGGGCCCUUUCGAAAGGCACCGUGAUGUUCCAAAGAAGUUCCAAUGAUAUGGGAGGAGCCUUGUCCCUUACACCUUGGCUCAAAGAUGUGCUGCCCAACUUCAGUGGGUACAACUCUCUGGUGAAGGGCAAUCAGUUUCUGCUGGAUUUCUACUCGAAACUAGUGAACGAUACGAUGGAUACGCACGACGAGACGUAUGACCGCCACUUCUUGGACAUGUACCUCACCAGGAUGAAGGAAGAAAUGAGACAGAAGGGACGCAGCACUUAUUCAGUGGACCAGUUGCUACUGACGUGCACAGACUACACAUUCCCCGCGGCGUCUGCCGUACAGUUUGUCCUGGCAAUGCUGGUGGAAAGACUACUGUUGCAGCCGGAGAUUCAGGACAAAAUACAUGAAGAAAUAGACCGCGUGGUUGGCAGGGAUCGGCUGCCUAACCUUGAUGAUAGAAGAAAUAUGCCGUAUCUGGAGGCGUGCAUCCGCGAGACUAUGCGGUACGACACCACGGUACCGCUAGGGGUGCCACACCGAGCUAUGAAGGACACCACGUUAGGAGGAUACAAUGUACCAGAGGGCACCAUGAUGAGUUUCAACCUGACUAUGUUGCACAUGGACAAGGAAAUUUGGGGCGACCCAGAAAACUUCCGCCCUGAGCGCUUCAUCAAGGAUGGCCAGUUGGACGUCGCCAGUGACAAAUCAUUGCCAUUUGGAGCAGGCCGAAGACUAUGUGCAGGGGAGACCUAUGCACGUCAAACCAUGUUCCAAGUGUUCGCCGGCUUCAUGCAAGCAUUCCAUGUGACCACUGCCGAUGGAAAACCUCUCCUCAAACCUGCCCGCAGGAUACAGGGCAUCAUCACCACCAUCCCCGAGUUCUGGGUCAAAGUCAACGUCAGAAAAUGAAUGCAGCCUCUUUUGUUGAAUGGAAAAUGUGUUUGAUCUCUUUUUUUACCAGCUGCAACUUAGUCUAUGCUUCUAUUAAAAAAAAUCUUAAGUGACACGUAAAUGUAUAGUAUGUAUACGAAUGGGCUUGUAGCCAUUUACAUUUUAAGAUAUUAGUGAUUAUUUGCGUGGGCUUGAUACAAGAUUAAUUCUGUAUUGUUAAAUUAUGCGUAUCGUGGAUAUAUUUUUGACAAAAUGACAUUGAUAUGGCCUCUGUAGUUUACCUUGACAGGGCGACCCAUUCAGAGGCGCAACUAGAUUUCUUUAAGCAUUAUUUUUUGCCUUGCAUGGAGAGAUAAUAUUUAAUCUUUGCAUGUGACACGUAAAAUUUAGUACUUAGUUCUAAAGUCAGAGAACCUGAAUGUUUAAUGAUCUUCUGUUUGAACAUGUAGCCGUGUGCCACAUAAGUUUAAAGGUUAAUUACUUUGCGUGCUUGUCUCACUAAACGACCAUUAUUUGACUACAAGUAUCUUACAUUGGUAAAAACGUAGCCUAUUAGAACUUUUGCAAAAACCAAGGACGAGUUGGCUACUUUUUAUUAGGUAUACAAUUUACAUUUUUUGCCUGGUUAUGUCAUCAAAUCGGUGAAGGGUGGUUUUAUAUUACUCCCAGAAUUACUUGAUAUCGCCAAGGACAGGUAUGCAAUCAUUCAGUGUCGUGAAAACGACGAAACACCUAACGAUUUACGACAGUUGAAAAUUCAAUAAAUUAUUUUGUUGCAAACAUAGUGAAGAAAGAUGGCUGUUAACAUAAUGAAUUGGUCAUAAACAUGCAUCGUUAGUUGCGAAGAAAACUGUUAUUUGCAAGAAGGGUAACCGAGGUACAGAGUAGUGAACUAGUCUCGCCAAUAAUUGGGAUAAUUGUCAAUAACUCAAUAAAAUCCAUCGAAUAGGAUGUAUUGUCUCAAUUUUUCUGUGUAGCAGUUGAAAUUAGCAAAGAUUUUAGGCACGAAGUUUUAGGAAGGUUUAGAAAAUACGUGUCCGAGCAAAGUCAGACGAAUGGUUUCUCUACUGACAAGCAAAUAUUUCAAUAGCCUUAUUGUUUCUGUUCAACUGUAUGCAUUUCCUCCAUAAAGCUACCUAUCUUUGUAUUACGAGAUACACAAAGGCCACUAUGUAAACAUGUUUGGAUAAAAUGGUCAACGUCCAUACUUUGUUUAUAUUUACCUACUUAUAUAUGACACAUGGACUUAAACGUCACGUUCUCGUCAAUGUCAGAACCAUGUUCUUAUUUUAAAUUAUGUUUUAUUGUUUAAUUUUAUAAAGUACCUAUUUUGUUGUUUUCCUCGUAUCAAGCCACCAGAUUUUGCAUUUAGAAUUUAAUGAUGAUAUUAAUAGAAAUAUGUUUAAAAUAUUGACGCUCAGUCUCUUAAAAUAAGUAAUUUAGCUAUUUUUGCUUCGCUAAUUGCACAAAACCUGCUUUUAGUUUUGUAGCUAGUAAAUAAGCAAACAAUUACUGUGUAUUUACCUUAAAAUAAAAGAUACAUAAUUAUU